UAUCUUGAUCCCUCGACCAAAUACACCCUACACAUAAAAGGGUUUACAGGAUACAUUGUUGUUUAUGUAUCAGCACGACAAGCUCGCUGUGUUUAGACACUUUCCUCCCCUCACGCUGCAGUCGUUUCGCAUACCGCGAAAACCUUGUAGCCCCAAUAUCAGUUCCGUUGGUUGAGAACGAAUCGACUACGAAUCGCCCGAGUUAAUGCCUUCCAACGCUGGCAACUAUAAUCCAGUCUUCCCUAUGUCCACUAGGAACAGUCCUCACUACUGAGAUCCUGGCUCGUUCAACCCCUUCCUGCUUCACUCGUCAUCGUCAAUUACGAAUGACUAUCUAGUCUACUCCGUCCCUAUAUUCAAGGAAUUUGAUCCUCCCGACCGAUUAAAAAGAAAAAAACCCAACUUUUAUUACCGUCUCUCUUAAUUUCGACAGCUUACCUAACACGAUACCGCAAAAAUGGCGCUCGUCAACGUUCGUCGUGAUGUCACCGAUGCCUUCUAUCGUUACAAGAUGGAAAGGAUUCAAGUCAAGAUUGAAGGCAAAGGCAAUGGUAUCAAAACUGUCGUUGUCAAUCUGAGCAGCGUUGCUCAGUCUCUUGCCCGCCCAGGGUCAUAUGUCAUUAAAUACUUCGGUUUCGAGCUUGGUGCUCAGACCAAUAUUGACCCUCCUGAUGACCGAUGGAUCAUCAACGGUGCCCAUGAAGCCUCUAAGCUGCAGGACCACCUGGACGGCUUUAUCAACAAGUUCGUCCUUUGCAAGAAGUGCAAGAAUCCUGAGACAGAUGUUGUCAUCAAGGAUGGUCGCAUCGUACUUGACUGCAAAGCCUGCGGCCAGCGCACCGACGUGGAUCUUCGUCUGAAACUUAGUGGGUUCAUUCUGAAGAACCAGCCAAGGAAGAACGGCAAGAAAGACAAGGCUGAACGCAAGGCUGCCCGCAAGGCCAAGCAGCAAGCUAUGCAGAACGGCAACAAAGAGAACGGCGUGGGAAGCGGCGGUGAGAAUUCCGAGAACGGUUCCAACGGGAGCGGUGACAAGAACGAAGACGAGGACGAUGCCGGUAGUGACGAUGAGUUCACUCGCAAGAUUAAUGCUGACGCACAAGUUAUUGAUGCCCCUGCUGUCGUCAGAGAUGACGACUGGACCGUCGAUGUGUCCGAGAAGGCCGUAAAGGCCCGUCAGAGCCAACUCCCUAGCGAGUUCCGCCAGAAACUUGUCCUCGGCGGUGCUGAUGAGGACGAAGAUGAGGGAGAGGGCGGUGGCCACACCGUUUACGACACCCUGGGUGACUGGAUCCAGGAGGAAGCUGCCAAGACUGGUAGUAUUAACAAGGUUGAUGACAUUCAGAUUUAUAUUAAAGCUAAAGAGCUUGGAAUUGAGACCAAGUACAAGACUGUCUUGGUCCUGAUCCAGACUCUGUUUGAUGAGAACAUCCUUACUCAGAUCCCCAAGCGCGCGGCUAUGCUUAAGCAGAUCGUUUCUUCAGAACGCCAUGAGAAGGCCUUGCUGGGCGGUCUCGAGCGCCUCCUUGCCGCUCAGGGCAAGGAACACCCCGAGCUGCUGACCAGCGACAAGAUUGUCAAGAUCCUUCAUCAGCUGUACGACAAGGACCUCGUCAGCGAGGACACAAUCAAGAAAUGGGGAUCCAAGGCAAGCAAGAAAUACGUGGAUCUCGCUACGUCCAAAAAGAUCCGCCGCGCCGCUGAGCCCUUUAUCAAGUGGCUGGAUGAGGCGGAGGAAGACUCUGACGACGAGUAAGCAAUGGAAUGGACCCGAAUCAAUUCUUUUAACCGUGGUCCCGUGGAUAUCACUAGCAGAUUGUCGAUUUGAUUUCCAUGUUUUAUUCUUUUUCCGCGACGUGCUGCUGAGAUUCUAGUCCAACUCCCCUUCUGUCAUUUCUGGUUUCGAAAAAAAGAAAAAGGAGUUUCA